AAUCGAAACUUACAGUGUCGGCACACAAGACAGGCAAGUGCACCCCAGCACCAUCAGCUACUCCGCAUUACCAGUUGAACUUUUGGAAUGAAGUUUGAUGACGUGUUAGCAGAAGUGAAAGGCUUCGGGCCGUUUCAGUAUAGGCUGAUGCUAUCGUUGACGAUUCCUCGUCUGGCUAUGCCUUUACAAUUUCUGCUGAAUAAUUUCAUCGCGUUUAUUCCUCUUCACCACUGCAACGUCAGUGCUUUAGAUGAUGGAGAUGUUUUUAGGAAUCUCUCCAGUGAGGAAAGGCUUAUAGUCAGUAUUCCGGUCGAGGGUGUCGGGAGUCUGAGCUCUUGUCAGAUGUUUGCAGAGCCUCAAUAUCAUCUGUUGCUGAAUUCCUCCAACACGACGGUGUUGCCGACUGUACAUUGUCAGAAUGGAUGGGUGUAUGAUACCUCCAUCAUGAAGUCUACUCUGGCGACAGAGUGGGAUCUGGUUUGUGAGAGAAAGAAAAUGAACCGAUCUACAGCCACUAUUUUCUUCUUGGGCGUCAUGUUGGGAUCAGCAAUCUUUGGCCAGCUCAGUGACAGAUUUGGCAGGAAAACUGCACUGUUGGUGUCCUAUGUGAUAACCAUGAUCUUUGGAUUCGGAAGUGCUCUGUCAACUAAUUUUGCCAUGUUUGCAGUCAUGAGAUUCUUUACUGGCUUCGGAACUUCUGGAGUCAUCAUAGCUAGUGGGGUUUUGUGUAUGGAAUGGGCGGACAUCAAGCAUCGAUCUUUAAUGUACAUUGUAUUAACUAUGGACUGGAGUUUGGGAUGUUCGCUGCUUGCUGCGCUCGCCUAUUUCGUGAAUGAUUGGAGGUAUCUGACGGCGGCGGCAACAAGCCUGCUGUUGCCGGCCAUCAUUUAUUGGUGGUGGCUUCCAGAGUCUGCCAGAUGGCUGGUGAGCCAGAAAAAGGUUAACCCUGCUUAUUUUUAUCUAAGCAAGUGUGCAAUGGUAAAUGACAGAAAGCAAUUUAUGGAUGACCUAAAACCUGAGGAUUUGUUAAAAAGAAUUGUGCUUGAAAAUGAAAAAGGGAAAUAUUCCUUUUUGGAUCUUAUGAGGACUCCAACGUUGAGAAGACUGACUCUAAUUGCCGGCCCUGUGUGGUUUGGAGUAGCCUGCAGUUACUACGGCAUCACUUUGAAUAUCUCUGGAUUUGGCGUCAACAUUUUCCUCACGCAGUUGAUCUACGGCGCCAUUGAACUACCCGCCAAACUUGUCUGCUUUUUUUCAAUUAACAAAAUCGGCCGAAAGUUAAUUGUGAGUGGUGGACUUCUUCUGACUGGACUGUGUUUGAUUUGCGUCAUACUUAUCCCGUCUGAUAUGGCAGUGUGUCGGACAGCAGUGGGGACACUGGGCAAGUUUUUUUCCGAAGCAGCUUUCACAGUUUUGUGUUUGUACACAACAGAACUCUAUCCGACAGUAGUGAGGCAAAUUAGUUAUAGCUGCUGUUCUAUCAUCGGCCGUCUCGGUGUGGCACUUUCACCCCUGGUGGCUCUUCUUGACGAAGUGUGGGUCGGUUUACCCAGACUCCUGUUUGGCCUGAUGGCUUCAGGUGCUGGGUUGUUAACCUUCCUCCUCCCUGAGACAAAUAACGUCAGCCUCGCAGAGACAAUCCAAGAUGUGGAGCAGAGGAAGUAGUUGUUUUGGAAAUAUUUCUUAUGAUCAUAGAUGGAAUUUAGUAAAUGACAAUACAGUGUCCUUGAUGUUUCAGAAGAUCAGACUCCACAAGGAUAACAGCAAUACACCACCAUAGUUUUUGCAAAUGCUACGAAACACCUAACAAAACUCAUAAGGGAAGAAUUGUCUUUGAGAACUGUAGAUCACGUAACACAUUGUUGAGUUGUGUACUGUUUGUUUUACUCUAUGAUCCGAUAAAGAUUCUCAAACAAA